AUGGCUAUGUUUGAGACAUACAAAAAUAUUCCACUGAUCCGCAUUUAUGUCAGUAAGCCAAAUGAAAAGGAUAAUGAAGUUGUUAGAUCAGUGGAAGAAGAAGUUGACACUGAUAAUGACAGUGUUUUCAGUGUUGAAAAUCAGAAUGCUGACACUGAUGACAAUGCUAAAAACCAAAAUGUUGAGAAUGAGAAUGCUUACAGUGAUGGCAAUGCUGAAAAUCAGAAUGCUAAGAAUGAUGAGUUUGGUAAUAUUGAAGUGGAUGAUGAGGAAUUGGAUGAUGUGUCCAUGUAUGCACCAAGUGAUGAGUUAUGGAGUAUUCACAGUGAAUCUGAUGAUAAAGAGAUUAAUAGUGCACCUAGAAAACCAAAAACUAAAAUUGCAAGGGAUGAGAGGAAUAAAGAAUUGGUUAUAGGCAUGAAGUUUGCGAAUGCUAAAGAAUUUAAAGUUGUCUUGAGAGAACAUGUUAUUGCUAACAGGUAUGACAUAAGGUUUAAGAAGAAUGAAAGAAAAAGGGUCACUGUUAUAUGUGUGAAUGAAUGUAGAUGGAGGAUACAUGCCACUUUGAAAGGAAAUGGCAGCUUUGAGCUAAGUACAAUUAAAUCUCAUGAUCCUGAUUGCCCUGAAGCUGAGAUAAAUAGGCUAGUAACUUCUACCUACAUUGCAAAGAAGUAUGUGCACAAUUUUAGAAAGCUACCUGAAUGGAAAAAUGAUUGUAUCCAACACCAUGUUGCUGAUAACUUGGAGAUUGAAGUGUCUAGGUUUAAAAUGAUGAGGGCAAAGAGAAAGGCCUUGGAGAUUAUUGAAGGUCACCAUGAGGACCAGUUUUCCAAAAUUAGAGAAUAUUUUGCCCUUGUAAUGAAGACAAAUCCUUGUAGUGUUUGCAAGAUUAUGCUUAAUGUUGUUGGUAGAGAUGGAGACAACAGUUUUUAUCCCAUUGCACUUGUUGUUGAAGCAGAGACUAAAGACAGCUUGGAUUGGUUCAUAGAGGAAAUGGCUGUUAUUAGUCCCCACAAAGCAAUAACUUGGAUUUCAGACAUAUAG